AUGCGUUUCGCUGUCUCUGCCAUCAUCGUCGGCUCACUGGCUUCCACGGCCAUUGCCGCCGCCAAUCCAGGCUUCGACUUCCCUGAUGCCGUCCCCGUGGCUAAGCGCCAGACCUCUGGCCCUUCGUACGAAUGUCACGCCAGCUGCGGAUACGCUAUCAAGAACUCUGCCACGGACGGUUACUGCAAGGACCAGUCCUGGGUGAAGCUCCUCGACGAUUGCCUCAACUGUGCUUUGAAGUACAACAUUUGGCAGUACUACGGUGAGAAAGUCGGCGCUGCUGCUAAGAAGUGCGGUCUCGACUCGACUCCCAAGCCAGUUGAGGGUGGUGGCUCUUCUAAGGUUCAGUCUUCGACUGCCGCUCCUAGCACUACACCUGUGACUACUGGAGCGCAGCAGACUACUUCUCCGGGUCAGACUACGUCUGGGGCAGGCCAGUCUUCUCAAGCACCAGCUCCCUCUACUACUCCUGUUGUUCCUACUACUGGACCUACUACUGUUGCUCCUGGUACCAAUUCCACUACCAGUGGAACUCCACCCGUCACCGCUGGGGGAUCUCAGAACAUGCUCUCCGGUCUCAUUGUGGUUGGAAUUGCAGCUCUGGCCGCCGCCAACCUUUGCUAG